AUGCUGGAAGAUAAGUAUAUCGGUUUGCUCUUGGCGAUAACGUCCUCCUUGGCGAUUGGAAGUUCGUUCAUCCUUACGAAAAUGGGAUUGAACGCGGCAUCAGAACAAAACAACUUCGAGGGAGCCGGUUACGAAUACUUAAAAAAUCCCAUUUGGUGGGGAGGUAUGACAACGAUGGCAAUUGGAGAAAUUGCCAAUUUUGCAGCGUAUACUUUCGCUCCCGCGAUCAUGGUUACACCUUUGGGUGCUCUCUCGGUGAUCAUUGGUGCCAUAUUAGCCGCAUUGUUCUUGAAGGAAGAAUUGGGUACUUUAGGGAAGCUCGGGUGUACUGUCUGUCUUCUGGGCUCUGUGAUCAUCAUUUUGCAUGCUCCAUCAGAUAAAAAUAUCGAAACGGUAGAUGAGAUUUUGGGCUACGCAAUGCAACCUGCCUUUUUGUGUUAUGCCCUGAUGGUGGCUGUGUUCACAGUUUUCAUGAUCACCAGAGUGGUUCCUAACUACGGAACCAAAAAUCCGAUGGUCUAUAUUUCCAUUUGUUCUACGGUUGGAUCGAUUUCUGUGAUGUCCAUCAAGGCCUUUGGAAUUGCACUAAAGUUAACAUUAGGUGGCAAUAACCAAUUUACCCAUUUGUCAACUUACUUGUUCAUCAUAGUGGUAGUGACAUGCAUCAUGACCCAGAUGAACUACUUCAACAAGGCUUUGGACCAAUUCGAUACCUCCAUCGUGAACCCACUAUACUAUGUCACCUUCACCACAGCGACGUUAGUGGCUUCUUUCAUUUUGUUCCGCAACUUCGAUGAAAGCGACCAGAAGGAUUCAGUUUCGUUAGUUUGUGGCUUCAUCAUUAUCUUCACCGGAGUUUACUUACUGAACUUGGCUAGAAAGAAAAAUCACAAUAAUUUGUUCAGUCAUCAAUCAGAUGUUGAAAAUAUACCAAUGGACAAUAACGUCGGCGGUUUCACGGUGAGAAAGUCCUUCCAAGGGACACAUCAUCGCGUGGCUUCACAACAGUAUGAAAGUGAAGAGAUGGUCCACUUGACUCGCGACGACCCAGACCUCGACCGGUUCAGAGUUUAA